UGUCACGACAGAACUUUACGACAGUCCGUGAACGGCAAACACGUAGUCGCAGUUUGACCUUCCAGCAAGCAUGGCAGCCCGGGCUAUCACCAAAGGGUUUUUGGGGCUGCGACACUCCCGGGCUGGGAUAAUCGGAUACUCCUGUGGUGGACAUCACUACGCCACUGCAGCCUCCAUCCAAUCACCCCAAGUCCUAAAUGACGAAACUUUAGAAAAAAUACUAAAAAAGCCACUUGAGCAUCCAGACUUUUUCCGUGUGUCGGAGUUCUUCUCUUUGAAAGACCUGUUCAACGCCAGAGUGCAUCUUGGUCAUAAAAGCACUUGCAGGCACAGGCUUAUGGAGCCAUACCUCUACGGCUGCCGUUUGGAUCAAGAUAUAAUUGAUCUCGACCAGACUAUGGAGCUCCUUCAGCAAGCCCUGAACUUCACAGCCCACAUAGCAUAUCGUGGCGGCAUCAUACUGUUUGUCAGCCGCCGACGCCAGUUCGGCCACCUGGUGGAGUCCACUGCUAAGUAUUGCGAGGAGUACGCCCAUACGCGGUACUGGCAGGGCGGCCUGCUUACCAACGCCCCCAUCCAGUACAGCAAAGGAGUCCGCUUACCAGACCUCCUCAUCUUCCUAUCCACUCUUAACAAUGUGUUCGAGACGCACGUUGGAAUCAGAGACGCGGCAAAGAUGAACAUUCCCACAGUUGGUGUGGUGGACUCAAACUGCAACCCCAGCCUGGUGACGUACCCUGUGCCCGGGAACGACGACACUCCAGCUGCAGUGGAGUUGUACUGUCGCUUAUUCAAGAUGACCAUCAAACGUGCCAAGGAGAAAAGGAAACAGAUAGAGCUAGUGCACGGCCUGUCGGCACCCUCCACCCCAAGCUUGUGACAGAAUAUAUUCUCAAAUAAGAGACGCUAAGAAAUGCAUUCUAAAGUCAAAACCGUCUGCUGCUCCCCGUCACCAUUCAUCUGCAUUUUAGAGAGGAAAAAUCUGAUGCUAGUGCUCAGGGGUGGAUCCACAAUACUGUCUUGUGUUAAGACUGGAGCUGUGUGAAUAUUGCUCUUGAAUGAAUCUUGUUUCUGUGACAUAUGGUCUUCUGAUUCUAAUUUAAAGGAACAGUAUGUAAGAUUUAGGGGGGCUGAAACUUCUCCCAGCUUCAUUGUUUAUUAUAUAUAUGUAUGUAUAUGUGUAUAUAUAUAUAUAUAUAUAUAUAUAUAUAUA